AUCUGAGGCUGCUCGAGGAAUCCGUGCUUCCUUCUGCUGCGCUGUGCAAAGCCUCCCUCACCCAACCUCGCUCCCGCUUGCCGCCCCGCUAAACUGGGCAAGAGUUGCUACCCGCUUAUUUAGCAGCACCCACCGACUUCGCCUCUCGCACAGAACCUUAACUUCACCGUCCACACCUCGAAUCCAGAUCGCCUAAUCCACGGCCCCUCCACACCAACUCCUAUCUCGAACACCCUAAUCAGUCAACAUGGAAGAGGAAGUCGCUGCCCUCGUCAUCGACAAUGGUUCGGGUAUGUGCAAGGCCGGUUUCGCCGGUGACGAUGCGCCCAGAGCUGUUUUCCCAUCCAUUGUCGGCCGACCCCGUCACCAUGGUAUCAUGAUUGGUAUGGGCCAGAAGGACUCCUAUGUCGGUGAUGAGGCACAGUCAAAGCGUGGUAUUCUGACGCUGCGAUAUCCCAUUGAACAUGGUGUCGUCACAAACUGGGACGACAUGGAGAAAAUUUGGCACCAUACCUUCUACAACGAGCUGCGUGUGGCUCCUGAGGAGCACCCCGUAUUGCUCACCGAGGCUCCCAUCAACCCAAAGUCCAACCGGGAGAAGAUGACACAGAUUGUUUUCGAGACGUUCAACGCCCCCGCCUUCUACGUCUCUAUCCAGGCCGUGCUGUCUCUGUACGCCUCCGGCCGUACCACCGGUAUCGUCCUCGACUCUGGUGACGGUGUCACCCACGUUGUCCCCAUUUACGAGGGUUUUGCCCUUCCUCACGCCAUCUCCCGUGUCGACAUGGCCGGUCGUGACUUAACUGACUACCUCAUGAAGAUUCUUGCCGAGCGCGGUUACACUUUCUCCACCACCGCCGAGCGAGAAAUCGUCCGUGACAUCAAGGAGAAGCUUUGCUACGUCGCUUUGGACUUUGAGCAAGAGAUUCAGACGGCCAGCCAGAGCUCCAGCUUGGAGAAGUCCUACGAGCUCCCCGACGGCCAAGUCAUCACCAUUGGAAACGAGCGCUUCCGCGCCCCCGAGGCCCUCUUCCAACCUUCCGUCUUAGGUCUUGAGAGCGGGGGUAUCCACGUCACCACUUUCAAUUCUAUCAUGAAGUGCGAUGUCGACGUCAGGAAAGAUCUUUAUGGCAACAUUGUUAUGUCUGGUGGUACUACCAUGUACCCAGGUAUCUCCGACCGUAUGCAGAAGGAAAUCACCGCCCUUGCCCCAUCCUCCAUGAAGGUCAAGAUCAUUGCUCCCCCAGAGCGCAAGUACUCUGUCUGGAUCGGUGGUUCCAUUUUGGCUUCCCUCUCCACCUUCCAGCAAAUGUGGAUCUCUAAGCAGGAAUACGACGAGAGUGGUCCAUCCAUCGUCCAUCGCAAGUGUUUCUAAGCGUAUUCCUGCGUACGGUACUAGACAUCAUGGAAAGCCUGGUAGUGGGGUUAUCAGUUGGUUGAAGCUCCGUUAUGCCCGGGGUACUCAAAUUAUGAAUGUUCACAAAAUGGUGAAGCGUGACAGCGGUUGGGUGGUU